CCUGAUUGUGACCGAAAGUAGUUUGCGCUCGGGCAGCCGCGUGCUGUAGGCUGCGCUCGUUCUGCGCCUCGUGCUAUUCGAAACGCGCGGGGCCGGGCGGGGUUGGCGGGUCCCGGCUGGGGGCGGCGCCGGGACGGACGUGUGUGAGCGUUAAUCGCUCCAAGUGCGUCUGGUUUCCGCUUUUUAGCAGGAGGCGGUGCUGCAGAGAGAUGGCCGAAGCCGCUUUCCGUCCCCCGAGAAGGAAAAGAAGGGUGUUUGAGUGCUACCAGGCGCCUUUCCCUGUGGGUGCCGGCGGGGGGGAUUUCAGGAUGUGCCGGGCUGACAUGGUCAACAACAGCGUCGUGGUGAGGAGCCCCGAGGACGUGGAGCGGCUGUACAACAAGGGAUAUUUUGGAAAAGGCAUUCUUUCAAGAAGUCGACCAGUGUACAGCAUUUCUGAUCCUUCACUGGUUUCCAAAUGGCAAGGUACCAACCUAAACAUGCCUAUAAUCACAUCAAAAAAGUACCAGCAGCGUGUUCAGUGGGCUAAAAGCGCUUUGCAAGAGCAAGGAUUUGAUAGCUGCUCCGUGACCAAAAUUCUUGAGAAUUACACUAGGCCUCUUGAAUUCCCAUUUUUGGAAAAGGGUGGAGCUGAGCAAACUGGUGAUAGCUGCGACACAAUGGGCCCAAACACAGAAAAUACAGAACUUUCCAGGCAGUCUUCAAUAGAUACUGGAAACAUGGUGACUUCGAGUCCUGAGCCUCAGAAGGAGGUCUGCCAGAAAGCCUCUGCAGAAGGAGAUCUGGCUACUGAUCCCGUGGUUGCUCUUGGCACUGAAGAACAGCAGCCUGCUGUUGUGAAAGAGGCAGCCCAAGCGUCCUGCCAGAAGCAUGGGUCUCAUGUGCAUUGUGGCUGCAAGGCUAAGGGAGGCCCUGAGCAAGAAUCGUGCAACGUGGCCAAGUCAAGAGAACGUGCUCCAGAAUAUGUGCUUGUGCAAGAGGAGGAAGAAGGUAGCUUAUGUCUUGAAGAGGGCUCUGCUCAUGAGCAAGAAAAAUUUGUCAAGAAGGAAAAACUAGUCUGCAGAAGAAAUCCAUUUAGGAUUUUUGAAUAUUUACAACUCAGCUUGGAAGAGGCUUUCUUCUUAGUGUAUGCUCUGGGAUGCUUAACUGUUUAUUAUGGUGAGGAGCCCUUAACUAUUUUGAAGCUAUGGGAAAUUUUCAGCGAAGUGAAGCCUAGUUUUAAAACUACUUACAUGGCGUAUCAUUACUUCCGCAGCAAGGGUUGGGUCCCCAAGGUUGGGCUGAAGUAUGGAACUGAUCUCUUGCUGUAUCGAAAGGGCCCUCCCUUCUAUCACGCAAGUUACUCUGUCAUUGCUGAAUUAGUUGAUGACAAUUUUGAAGGUUCUCUUCGCAGACCGCUGAGCUGGAUGUCCUUGUCUGGUUUGAACAGAACAACUGUUAAUGCUUCUAAGGAACUUAUGUUAUGCUAUUUGAUUAAACCAUCUGAUAUGACGGAAGAAGAGAUGGCCACGCCAGAAUGUUUGAAAAGAAUUAAGGUCCAGGAACUGAUUGUAACUCGUUGGGUGUCUUCCCGUGAGCGCAGUGAGCAAGAUGAUCUUUAACUGAAUCAUAGGAAGAAUGUAAUUCUUUUUAUAAACGUUUUGUUGUUUUUUUUUUUCACCUGAUCCCUGAGACAAUGGCUCAUCGUCAGUUUCUAUCAGCAUUUUCAGUUGGUAUGUAUAAAUGCUGACUAAAAUCCUGUCAUUUAAAUAGAAAGAUGUAAAAUGGAAAUGUCAACAGAGUGAUUGCUUUUUCAAGCUGAACAUCUGCAUGUGUGUCGACUUUAUGUGGCACAGUGCUGUAUUGUAACUAGAGAUGACUGCACUUUGUGCCUUGGUACUAUUACAACAAAUACUUUAUAGCAGAUAGUUCUACCAGGACACUGAUACUUUGCCAUGUAUUUAUAUUUCAAUACUUGAAAUUCAAAACUUAAAAUGAGGUAUGAUUCUGAUAUACUCAGAAAUAGUGUGCUGUAAUUUAUUUUUGUAAGACAAAUCUUAGCUAAAGAUCUCUGAAUUGCUUGAGGUUUCUGGGCAGGAGGGCUCUUCGCAGCAGCAGAAUUGAGCAUUUCAAACUGGUUGUCUCUAUUGUGUUGUGUUUCAGAAUAUGCUUUUAAAGGAACUAGGAACUAGAAAUUAGCAAGAAGUGAAAUAAGAUGGUGUAGUAUUUGCAGUUUGUGUUUACAAAAUCAUAAACUAGAUGUGGACAAACCACAGUGGUUUGAUUGUUUCUCUACAGUUGAGGAAACAAGACUUAAAUCUAGUUCAGGUCUACAUUUACUUUGCAGAAGCUAUAUGUGUUUUCUUAAGCUAGAAUAUAUGUAGAGAAGUGUGUAGAAUUAUGAACAGUAAAACUUUGUCCUCAGCCACUUGUCUGUAAUGUACAAUAGGUAGAAGUACUGUUGGAGCAUUUUUCUUUUAAACAUAAAUUGCUUUUAUGUUUUUCUCUGUGAUGGAUCCAGAUGAGUCUGCUGUUCAUUACAGAUAGGAUGCUGUACGACUAUCCUUUAAUGCUAUGGAUCUGUCGUGGUUUGAGGAAUAACAUGUAAAACAUAAAGAAGGACUGGAAAAGAAAUGUACCUGACAAUGAGACUGGAUUUGUUAUAAAUACUGUAUGCUUUACUAGUAGCUGAAGUAAAGGAAAAUGAUUUUGCUUUGUCACAGA